CGACAGUCAACCGUUAGCACCUCGCGGAUCCCGGCAGCAGGGUAGCAGCCAAAGGGUGUGGAACGACAUGACACGAACAGCCUAUUGGACGCCACAGGGCAUUGCACGACAUGGCUGAGCGACAGCAGAGUCAAUCCCCGCCUUUAUGCUCACUAAGCUUGAAGCAUCCUCACCGACGACACCUCGCACACAGAGAACAACAUGGACUUGCUGACUGCGGGAGUCAAUCUCAAUUUCACCGCUGGCGCCUGGCUCCUCGCCAUCAACGGGGCCGUCAUCUUGACCUAUGCGGUCUCCUCCCUCCUGGCCUGGCGACGCCUGCGCCAGUUCAACGGCCCCUUCUCGGCUUCCUUCUCACACUACUGGCUCGCCCGGGCCUCGUACAGCGGGCGCAUGGGGGAGGAAUGGGCUGCGGCGGACGCCAAGUACGGCGGCACACGAACCGGCGGGUCCGGUUCGACGGUGCGCAUCGGCCCCAACGAGCUGCUGACGAGCGACCCAAGCGUGAUCUGGCGCACGUCGGCGGCCCGGUCCCGGUACGCGCGGUCGACGUGGUACAAGAUGGUGGGCGUGGAUCCGUACCACGACUCCAUGUUCAGCACGCUCGACACGGCGACGCACGACCGGCUCAAGGCCCAGACGGCGCCCGGGUAUACCGGCAGGGACCACCCGACUCUCGAGGCCGAGGUCGACCGGAUUGUUGCCAUGAUGGUGGACAGGAUCCGAAGCAAGUAUGCGGUCGCCGGCGCGAAGUCGACAGGCGGCGCAGGCGCUGAGGAGAAGAAGCCGCUGCUGGACUUGGCGACGAUGGCGCAGUACUUCACGCUCGACUCCAUCUCCAAGAUCGCGUUUGGGGAGGAGUUUGGCCUCAUCCGCGAGGAGCGUGACAUCCACGGGCACAUGGAGAUUGUCAACGAGAUUGCGGCUCCCGUGGUCACGAUCGCUGUUGUUCCGAUCCUCCGUGCCGUCAUGGGGUCGAAACUCGUGCUUAAGCUGAUGGGACCGAAGCCAGAGGACAAGAGAGGGGUUGGCAGAAUGCUGAAGAUAGGGAUGGACGUUGUGGCAAAGCGGUUCGGCCCUGAUGCCAAGGAACAGGACGACAUGCUAGGCUCCUUCAUCCGCCACGGCCUGACCCAGCGCGAGUGCCAGACGGAAGCCCUGAUCCAGAUCCUCGCCGGCUCCGACACGACCGCCACUACCAUCCGCGCCACCAUGCUCUACCUCAUGUGCACCCCGCGCGCCUACCACGCGCUACAGGCCGAGAUCGACGAGGGCAUCAGAACCAACAGAAUCUCCAGCCCCGUGACCAACGCCGAGGCGAACGAGCUGCCCUAUCUGCAGGCGGUAAUCCUCGAAGGCCUGCGCAUUCACCCGCCCUUCACAGGCCUGCCCUUCAAAGUCGUGGCCCCCGGCGGCGACACCAUCGACGGCAAGCCGGUCCCCGCGGGGACGCUCAUCGCGCCCAACUUCUGGGCGACGGGCCGGCUGCCGGCGGUGUUUGGCGCCGACGCCGACAUCUUCCGUCCCGAGCGCUGGCUGGAACAAGCUGACGCUGAGAAGAGGGCCGAGAUGCGGCGCGUGGCCGAGCUGGUGUUUGGGUAUGGGCGGUGGGGGUGUGCGGGCAAGAUGAUUGCGUUUCUGGAGUUGAAUAAGGUGUUUGUUGAGUUGCUGAGGCGGUUCGACUUUCAGCUCGCGAAUCCCGCCCGGCCGUGGAAGAGCGCGAACUACAACCUCUUUCUGCAGAGCGACAUGUGGGUGGCUGUGUCCUUGCGGGAUGUCGAGACGGUGUAAGCUCGCCUUGUACGUUUCGGAUCACCGGAUCUCCUGAGAAGGAGGGCGUGAGUUUCGCUUGGAGGUCGAAGUCGCAGGACCAGAUUUAUCCAUACCCUCUCAUUGUUUGCUGGGGACGGCCCAGGGACAUUGACGGCGACUUUGGAUCUCAGAAGCCGGUGAAGUGCGCCAAGCGGAGCCAAGCAAUCCCGACUUUCGUUCUUUUGCUUGGCUGACUGUUGCACUGGCAUGGGCUUGUGGAGAAUCCUCGAGUGUGUUUGGGACAAAUACAGAGGUAUUGGACGCCUGUUCAUCGAACUAGAGAACAACCCAAUCCGAGGACGUUGCACACUGAUUGCUUGGAGUGCUUGCUUUCUCGAGCACUCAAACUCGAUGGCUGGAUGCAAGAUUCCGAACAGCCGGAUCGCUAAUCAUUGCCAAGCGUUCCCGGGAGAGCCAAGAC